AUGGGGCUCUUCAAGCGUUACACAGAGAAAGAGUUAGCAUCUUUUAGCCGAGAGGAACGUAGAACCAUGGGACUUAAGAAGUUCGAAGAGGAAGAAGCCGACGAGGAGCGACGACGAGAAGAAGAGUUAAAACCAUCGAGCGCCAAGACGAAUACAAUGGAGCUUUUAAGCAGCCCACUGCCCGCUGACUUGCCACCAUGCGACAAAAACGUCAUGAUUUGCAUGGCGGCAUAUUAUGGCGAUAUUGAUCCUUAUAACCGACUUCGGCGCCCAUAUCUGAUCGGGAACGAAAUGGAGUGUGUUGUCCGGGGCAUCUACCACAAUACACAAUUUGCAGUCUGGUGGUCCAAGCAGCUGAGCCACGCGGGAAUCCCGGCUAUCGGAUCUGGACAGCCAUUUAUGCCCGAUUUAUUAUGA